UUCCGAUGGUGUACAACGUGCUUGUGGAUGCGAAAUAAACACCAUCGAUAUCUGUCAGCUGUUCUCCGAGAAUCAGUAUGCCUAAAAAAGGUAAAGGGAGGGUGCAGGUGGUAGAACCUGUGUAUGGAUCUGAUGACGAGCGCCGCUAUGAAAAGGAUCCUGAGCCAGACCAAGAUGAUGAUGACUACUUCUACGAUGAUGUUGACAAAUUCCAUAUGCAAAAAGAAAAGAUGUUACUGGACCAAGGAGUGCAGGAUGAUGAAAACAUGGACUCGGAGAGCGAGGGUGAGGUUCUCGGUGUUGGUGGUGACAGCGAUGAUGACCUCUUGAGUGAUGAUGACCUCAAAGCCUACAAGAAACAGUUGCGGAGGAUAAAACUGAACCGUAAGAAGAGUGACAUGGGCAGUGACCUGGAAGACCAGGAUGAGGAAGGGGAGCCUGAUCACACGACGUACGGCAAGAAGGUGCAAGACUAUUACAACGCAGAUUUCAGUGACGACAAUGUUGACCUCUCUGGGUCCGAGGAUGAGGAAGGAGCGGCCGCCUUGGAGGAAAAAGAGGCAUUAGCUCUACAGAAACGUAUCAACGCUGAACUGGAUGAUCAGGACUUUGGACUUGAUAUGUUCAAGGAAAAGAAGCUUGUGGAAGCUGAAAAUGAGGAGGAAAAGAUCACACAAGACUUGACAAAGCUGUCCAGGAAGGAGAAAUUACAGCUUUUGAAGAAGGAGUCGCCAGAAAUGCUGACUUUGAUUGAUGACUAUAAAUCCAAGAUGACUGAGGUGAGGGACAUCUUUAUGCCACUGUUGAGACUGGUGAGAGAGGGAAAGAUCCAGGGAAAAGCUGGAGACUAUGUGGAGACUAAAACCAAACUUCACCUAAAUUAUUGUACCAAUAUCAGUUUCUACAUGAUGAUGAAAUCAAAACAAAUUGCAGUUCAUAACCAUCCGGUGAUCAAGCGCCUCGUACAGUACCGCAAUUUGAUGAAGGAGCUGGAGCCAUUAGACAACCAAUUGAAGGAAGAAAUGACAGACAUUUUGGAUCGGUUGAAGAAAGGAGAGGAAGUAGAAUUUUCCUCGGGGGAGGAGAAGAAGCAGGGCUUUGUCAGGCGUAAAUCUGUCAAAUCCUCCAGACAGAGAGUGGAAAAUAAAAAACUGAGUCAGCUGGUGUCAGAAUCCGAUGACGACGAGGAGGACGAUGAUGUUGAACCGAAAGCAAAGAAUUCUGGGAGUGGAAGGUACGAGACAGAGGAGGAGAAGGCUGCCCUAGAGUACUACAGGAUGAUGAAGGGAGCAGGGUCCAAGGAUAACGAGGAAAUGGACAGUGGUGCUGAGGAGAGGGAAGAGGCUCCAGAGGUAGACAAUGAAAUGGAGGAAGGAGAGGAGGAGGAGGAAGGCAAACGAGCCAUCACUUUUCAGAUUGCUAAGAACAAGGGCAUGACUCCCAAGAGAAAGAAGGAGCAGAGGAAUCCACGUGUGAAAAACAAGCUGAAGUACAGGAAGGCUAAGAUCAGGAGGAAAGGACAGGUCCGUGAGGCCAGGACAGAGAUGGCCCGGUACGGAGGAGAGAUCUCGGGGAUCAGGGCUGGUGUGAAGAGAGGCAUCAAGAUGAAAGUCUAAAUUUACAUAUCAGUAGUCAAACAUUGUCUUCAUUGUUGUUUAUUUAAGGUAUCCUUAUAAAGAACUGCUGUUUAUUCUUACACGAAUAUCUAUAUGUGGGAUGCAUUGAUAAAGUUUGGAAAGAUUAUCUUGAAUUUAGGUAUAUUUUACCCUAUACAUUUACACCAAGACAUGGCGAGUGUCAUCUGAGACAAUACACCAGAGGUGGUAUGCAGAUUAUUAGAAGAAGAAUCCAUUUACAAGUCAUUGUGCAUGUUUCAGAUGUGUCAUCAAAUUAUUAACCAUGUCAAAAUAUCGAUUUGUUGGGGAUAUGAAAAGCUUUUAGAAAGAAGGAUUUACAAAAAGGUAGCAUUUACAUCAGGAAUUUCUGUUAUAUGAAUAAAUAUACAUGUACAUGUUCAGAUUUUGAUUGGAUUAUUAUACAAGAUUGUGUCAUGUACUACACUUCCAAAAGGUCAAAAUCCUAUGGGGGGGGGUAAUGUCUUAUCACUGCGAUCGUUUUUAUGCAUCAUGUCCACCUAUGGGCCAGCACGCAUGGUGUCUGCUUGAUAUCGGAAGUGAAUUUCAAUAGAUUCACUUCAAACUAAAUAGGAAGGUUAAUACUAUGAAAACACAGACAAGUUCAAUAACCAAAUCUAUUGUAUCAUGACUGCGUGAGUUGUGGCCUUUGAUAGAAUUGCCGAAAUGUCUGCUCAAUACUCCAGACAAGUUCAUUUAGCACCAUUAUCUGACUAAUUUAUAAAGUUAUGGCACCUUAUGGACUUAAAAUAUAUAUAUAUUCCUUCAGCUCACUUUAUUCAAGUACAGUGUGGCAGAACUGGAAUGGGUCGAUCGUAGGCAACCAGAUAGCUCAAUUGAUAGAGCGUCCGUCUAGAGUUCGGAGAGUCCUUUGUUCAAGCCCCGGUCUGGCCAUGCUUUUUUUCACCUCCUGUUACAGUGGUGCCUGUGACUAACCAUUGUUUCAAGCAGUUGGUGUAUGCUUGGCUAGGAGAUACCCAAACCUGGCCAUGGGUUGUAAAUAGUUGUAGGGUGAAGACUUGGAAAAAGGACUGGGUCGAUCACUGGCGACCAGGCAGCUCAAUUAGUAGAGUGUCCGUCUAGAGUUAGGAGAGUCCCAGGUCAUUUGUCCAUCUCCUGUUACCUACAGUUUGCUUUUUCUUUCACCGCAUUAAAGAAAUAAUUAUCAACUAUAUUAGUAAAACAGUCGAUUGUAGUUUCUUCUCCCUAUAUUUCCAUGUACCAUAAUGCAUUUAGAUACAAAAAUACAUUAGAACCAUUUUAAGUAUGUCAAUUUGGCAUGGGACAGACCUGUAUUGUUCUGCCCUGCAGUACUCGUUUAUAUUGUAAAUUUCAAAUAACUAAACAUUGUUUAAUGAAACAUAUUAAUGUGUAUUAUAAAGACUAGAUUGUUUGUACAACAAACACAUGGUCAGAUUCACAACCAACAGGGCAAAGGUCAAGUGACUAUUAUUUUUUUUGACAAAAUUUUGAACUACUUAUCUUCAUAGAUAUAUGAUGUUUUUAAUGAAUAGACAAGUCACAUGGUAUUUGUCUCGACUAUCACUUCUGAAUAGCUGAACAGUGUUUAUCAAAGUUUCAAAGACGUGUAUUAUGACAAAAUGAUGUUGUAUACACUCAAGUUCACUCCACCAAUGUCAAGGUCAACGGUAACAGGCUUGUAGUGUUCAAGUAAACUCCAUAUUGUGUGGCAGUCUGUAUUGUUAAGGUCAAGGUCACUACAAUGGUUUAAAGGUAAACUACCCUAUGCACAGCAAGGUCACAACCACAGAAUGUUAUAUUCAGUGGAACUUAAUUUAUCUCGACUACUAUAUCUGACUUAAUUUGUACCCGAGGCAAUUCAGAAAAUCGUGGAACAGGUGAAAAGCGCUAAAAAGAUCAAUUUCAAGCGAGUGCUUUUGUCAUUUUCUUCAAGCAUUAACAAAAGUUUAUCCUGUGGAGCAUUUCUUCUACAGGUAACCAAUAUGAUAGAUCCAUAGUUGAAAAUGAACUCUGCCCUUUUUUAUGGAAACAAGAUUAGUUGACAGUUUUUAAUCGCUGAACAAAUGCGAGAAAUGAGGAGGCGACACUUUUCAAAACAUAGACGUAAGUUAGGCCAGAUAGGGUGGUUGUUAUGUUGUAUACGUUUUAAAAUAAAACAAGAACAAGGAAAUCUUUUAUAAGUUUAAUGUAAGAUGAUUUCUUGACAGAGAUUGUGAGUUACACACAAAGAUAUUGACAAUACAACAUGAACGACAGAAGGAAGUGGAGGACACACAAGUCUCU